AUGUUCGCUCGUGAUCAGUGUCUUCACGCUAUUGAUCCUGAACAUAUCGCUUCUGAUUCCGUAAGUUAUAUUUUGAUUCGAUGGGUUUCUUUCCAGAUGAAGCCGUCAAAUGCCCAACGGAAUGGCGACGAAGACGAGUUUCCUGACCCCGCUUUAUUGUCUUUCCGAGAAAUUCCUUCUGGAGAUCAUUCCCUCACCCCUCAAGAACUGUGCGCCUUCGAUGACAUGGCCACCAGCUUGGUCGUCGACUCGGUGCUUAACUUCCAAACCCACAAAAUGCAUCCGAGGUGA